UACAGGAAGGUAGGAUGUUGGAGACAAAUAGAAAAUGUAUGGGGGGGUCCAUCUUUUAAGAGACACUAUUUGACUGUCCCUUGAGUGCAGGUCUCUUAAUACAUGUUUGACUGUAACUUGAAAUUGAGCUUGAAAAUGAUCUUCCUCUCUCUCCCCCACCUCUCUCUCUCUCCCUCUCAUCAGGUCCUGUGGCUCUACUCCAACAACAUCAGCUCCAUCAAACCCGAUUCCUUCAGCGACAUGCGAGAUCUGGAGGAGCUGGACCUGGGGGAUAACCCCUCCCUGCGCACCCUCCAUCCUGACUCCUUCCGGGGGCUGGACAAGCUGCAGAGCCUGCACAUAUACCGCUGCCAGCUGGGGACCCUGCCCGGAAACAUCUUCAAAAAACUCUACAGCCUGCAGUUCCUUUACCUGCAGGACAACCUGCUGCAACACAUCCAGGACAAUCUCUUCUCAGACCUGGUGAAUCUCACUCACCUCUUCCUCCACGGCAACCAAAUCCGAGUCCUGUCUGAAAAUGUCUUCAGAGGGCUGGUCAACCUGGACAGGCUCCUCCUCCACGAGAACCGAGUGCGACAGGUCAACCGCAAAGCCUUCAGGGACCUGGGUCAUCUCACCACCCUGUUCCUCUUCAACAACGCCCUAACAGACCUCCCUGCUUCGGCCCUCUCCGAUCUCUCAUCCCUGCAGUUCCUCAGACUCAACGGAAACCCCUGGAGCUGCUCCUGCCAGGCCCGCCCUCUCUGGGAAUGGUUCUGUCAGGUCCGGAUCUCCAGCUCCGAGCUCCUCUGCGCCGGUCCCGAGGAGAGGAAAGGUCUAGAUUUGAGGUUCUUGAGAGAAAUCGAUUUCGCUCCCCUGCCCCAUGAUGCCUUACUAUCCGAGAGCCCGCGUCACUUACACCUUCAGAACCAGAACGAGAUGGUGGUUCCCCAAAUCGGGCAAGGCAAGCGGGGGGAAUUCGGACAAAUCUAA